UCUCUCUCAAACGUCAACAAGAGAAAAAAUUGCAAGACGAUAGUGGCGAAAAUUUGUCAACAUUGAACAUAUUUUGCAAGAUUUCGCACCUUUUAAGCAUCGGACCAGCCCAAAACAGGUGAUCAAUUUGUGGGUGAGCAUUUGCGCCUGUGGAUAAAGCUCCUGCGUUAGCUAAACGAUGGCUGGCAAUGUGGUGAGAAUGUCCCAGCCCGGAACACCCGCAGCGACCCAGCCGAACUACAUGAAGGUGUUCGUGCAGCGCGACUACAGCGAGGGCACUUCCGUCAAAUUCCAGACCAGAUUCCCGCCGGAACUUGAGAGUCGGAUCGAUCGACACACUUUCGAGAGCACCAUGAACAAACUGAACGAGUAUUUUGUCGAAGCUGAGAAAGGAUCUUGCAGCACGUACUGCGAGGGUUGUUUGGCCUGCAUCACAGCGUAUCUGAUCUACAUCUGUACGGAGACACAUUAUGAGAAGUGCUUGCGGAAGGUGUCCAAGUACAUCGCCAUGCAAAACGAGCGCGUGUACAACCCGAAGGGGCUCCAAAUUACCGAUCCCGUCUGCCGGGGCCUGCGGGUCAUAGAGAUCUCGAUACUGGACCGCCCGGGGCGCACGUGACUGCCGCUGUCCCAUUCCACCGAGGAGUUCUUCAUGUAAGGCGAUGAUGAACGAAAGCCAAGUUUCAACAGCAAAAAAUAAAUGUAGACGAAGCGUGUGUGAUACGAACAACGGCACGCAACAAUAUCCAACUAUAACACACCCACACAUAAAGAAAACACAUAAUUCACAGAGAAAACAAGUUCAGAAACGUAAGAUUUUAAAAGCAAAAAUCAACAUCUUUCUGGUAGGAGACUGUUCCGAAGCGUGUUCCCCCCACUGAACUCGGAUCGAGUUUUACUGUUCAGCAAAGGUUCGUCUGCAAGAACUGUGUGUGAGUUCUACUACUAAUAUUUCCGUUUACUGUUACUAGGCACUUACUUUCCGAAGUUCAACGAAUGUGUAGGUUUUAUGUUGACACACUAUUUUUAGUUCAAUAAAGUAAAUUUUCAUAUUAUAUACUUGGACGGAGACACAGAGAAAGGCCCCGGUAGAUCGUAAGAGAUUUGGACGAUUGGAAGCUUUCAUAGCGCAAUAAAUAUGACAACUAUCAUUACAAUAAAUCGAAGUGAUGUAGUCAACCCCGACUUGUACGACGCUCCUAUAUUACGUAACAAGCUCUACCUGUGACAAAGUACCCUACUCACAACCGAAACAUGUCCCCCUCUAACUUUAGGGAUACAUUCAGAACGAAAACAAAAAAAAAACAACAGAAAACUUCCGCGUAGAAACUUUGUGAACCAGGCACGACUUUGGAUGUGGAUCGAUGAAAAUGGACAGAUUGUAAAGAUUGUUUUGAACUAAGAAAUAAAUAAAGGUAUAUUUAUUAACAAA